AUGAAUGGAAUUCAGCAUAUUACACCACCACCAUAUCAUCCUGCCACAAAUGGUUUAGCAGAGGUUUCGGUACGUACUGUAAAAACUCAUAUAUUAAGGGCCAUGGAAGAAAGGAAAUCCACAGAUCUUUUCGCUGCAUUAAACCGUUUCCUAUUGCACUACAGGAACACCAUUCACAGUAGUACGGGUGUUACUCCAGCUGAACUCUUGACAGGAAGAAAGCUACGCAUGCGGUUGGACCUCAUUUUACCAGAAGAGCAGCUGAAGCGGCAGCAUUUGCGUAAAGAGAAACGAGGGAGAGAUCCGAGGAGACUAACAAGAAACAGUUCGGGAGUGAAACGUAAUAAAGUGAGUGCGAGAGGCAAUUUUAAAAAAGGUGAUCGUGUUUUUGUGCGCGACUAUCGACGUGCUAAACCGAGUUGGGUACCUGCAGAAAUUGUAGAACAAAACGGACCUCGAAACUAUAAGACAUUAACUAACGAAAACUUUAUCUGGAGAAGACAUUCGGAUCAAAUAAUCAAAGGACCUUCUUACGAUGAUGAUGAUUUAUUAGAUUAUUAUUCACGUCCUUUGACUGUUGAUUCAAAUGCAAAUGUUAAUGAUGUUAACGAUGAUGUAGUAGAGGAAUCUGCAGUUGGAAAGGCUAGUUCUCCGGAACCAAUUAGGGAAGCUGAAACAAUUUCAGAUGAUUUUGCAGUAACUAACUCUAAAAGUAUGUUGCGCCCAACCAGAAACAGAAAACCUCCUGACUGGUUCGCAAAUAAAUAA